UUCCACAGGUGGCCUCUCAUGAACCUGGAGAACACAACCACUUACCACGGUGCCGUGAGGCCACUUGACAUGGAGCAGAAGAUUAGCAAGCUCACCUAUGGCUUCCAGCGUAGCUCCACUUCUGAUGAUGACUCAGGCUGUGCCCUGGAAGAAUAUGCCUGGGUGCCACCUGGGCUGCGGCCGGAACAAGUUCAGUUGUACUUUUCAUGUCUGCCUGAGGAUAAGGUUCCCUACGUGAACAGUCCAGGAGAGAAAUUUCGCAUAAAGCAGCUGUUGUAUCAGCUGCCUCCUCAUGAUAAUGAGGUGCGUUACUGCCAAUCCCUCAGUGAAGAGGAAAAGAAAGAGCUACACAUGUUUAGUAUGCAGAGGAAAAAGGAAGCACUUGGGCGUGGUACCCUCAAAUUGCUGCCAAGGACUGUGCUGCAUGCCAUCUGUGAGCAUUGUGGGGAGAAUAUUAACGGAGGUGAAAUGGCAGUAUUCGCUUCCAGGGCUGGGCCAGGGCUAUGCUGGCACCCAGCAUGUUUUGCAUGCUCGACCUGCAACGAGCUCCUGGUGGACCUUAUCUACUUCUACCAUGAGGGGAAGGUCCACUGUGGUCGACACCAUGCAGAACUGUUGAAGCCUCGGUGCUCUGCCUGUGAUGAGAUUAUUUUUGCUGAUGAAUGUACAGAGGCAGAGGGUCGUCACUGGCACAUGAAGCACUUCUCCUGUUUUGAGUGUGAGACCAUUCUGGGUGGCCAGCGGUACAUCAUGAAGGAUGGGCGACCCUACUGCUGCAGCUGCUUUGAGUCCUUAUAUGCAGAGUACUGUGAGGCCUGCGGAGAGCACAUUGGUGUGGACCAUGCACAGAUGACUUAUGAUGGCCUUCACUGGCAUGCCACAGAAACGUGUUUCUCUUGCGCACAGUGUAAAAGUUCCUUGCUUGGCUGCCCCUUCCUGCCUAGACAGGGUCGGAUUUACUGUUCCAAAGCCUGCAGUUUAGGAGAAGACAUCCAUGCUUCUGACUCCUCUGAUUCUGCCUUCCAGUCGGCCAGGUCCCGUGAAUCCCGCCGCAGUGUCAAGAUGGGAAAAAGCAGCCGCUCAGCAGACCAGUGUCGCCAAUCGCUCCUUUUCUCACCUGCAGGAAACUACAAGUUCCCUGGUUUCAUUGGCAAUGCCGAUGACACAUUAUCGCACAAGCUAUCCCAAUUCAGCUUUGCAGAUGACCGCUUUUGGAGGAACAGGGAGGAACAAGAAGCCCCAGAGGAUCAUGAGGAGUGGGCUGAGCAUGAAGACUACAUGACUCAACUGCUCCUCAAAUUUGGUGAGCAUGGUGUCUUCCAGCAGUCAGAGGAGAGCAGAGCUGCUGACCGCUGGAUGACUGACUCAGAGGUCAAAAUGAAGGCAGAGCCAAAGAUGACAGGCAGUGGUGGCGGCAGCCAAAGUCUUGCCAAUAAGAAGUACCAGGCAGACAUGUACUGGGCCCAGUCUCAGGAUGGCCUGGGAGACUCAGCCUACGGUAGUCACCCAGGACCUGCAAGCAGCAGAAAGAUUCAGGAGCUGGAUUUGGAGCAUGGUCCUGGUGUGGGGUUUAAGCGAGAUGACAAGCAGUGGUAUGACGACUCACUGGAAUGCAUCACUGAUGAGCUGAAACAGGCUGACCAGAGUGUCAGAGACUCCAUGGACUCCCUUGCACUCUCAAAUAUCACAGGUGCAUCAGUUGAUGGGGACAGCAAGGACAGACCAUUGCUGUAUUCUCUACAAAACUUCCCAGAGCUAGAAGAUGAGGACUGUGAGAAAACAAGCAACAUGGGAACACUCAAUUCAUCAAUGUUGCACAGGAGUGCCAACUCCCUCAAGAGCCUCACCUCUGAAUUGGAGCAAACUGAUGAGGUAGUUGAGGAAGAAGGACAGGAAGAAGUUGUUCCUCUCCCAGAGGAGAGGGCCAGACCCCCUCACUUACCUGUGCUGAGAAGGACCAGGUCUCAGUCUAGGCCACAGCAGGUUAAGUUCUCAGAUGAUGUUGUGGACAAUGGACACUACGAUGAUGUGGAGGUGCGUCAGCCUCCCAUGAGUGAACGGACGCGUAGACGUGUUUACCAUUUUGAGGAACAGGAACAGCGUCACCAUCAUCGUCAUCACCACCACAGACGUAGGAGUCGCAAGUCUCGGUCAGACAACGCCCUACACCUCAUGCCCAAGGAGAGGGCGCAAAAGUACUUCAGAGAGGACCACCGCAAGUACUCCCUUGUGCCCAACCCUUCACAGUAUGGACAGCACUCGUAUACUCAUGUCAACCAUGACUAUGGUUUGCAGAACCCACCAGUGGACAGGUUCAUGGGUCUCUAUGGUGAUGAUGAUGACUGGUGCUCAACAUGCUCCUCAUCAUCAUCUGAGUCAGAGGAGGAGGGUUUCUUCCUUGGUCAACCUAUUCCCCAGCCUAGACAACCUAGGUAUCAUUACUACGCCGAUGACCUUCCUAGCCAAGUGCCAUCUGCUUUUGGCCCGCGAACAAAAUCCAAGAAGAAGAAGGGGCACAAGGGCAAAAACUGUAUAAUUUCAUAA